CCCCAUGUAUCAAACUAUCAUUUGUGCGUUGGCCUUGACGAUCGUUGGCUAUUGAAGUUAAGUGUAAGCUUAAAAUCUAAUGCAAAAAAUCAUGUAAGUUCUGUAAAAUGAAUAUAAAAUCAGCAGAAUAUCGUGAACAAGAGUUAAAUAAAUUGAUUACAUUUUCUAAAAGUACCGAUAAUGUUUUGGAAAAUGUCUUAUCAAUGUUCCAAUGGACUCGUAAAAAUGUGGAUGAAAAGGAAGAACAUUAUGUAACGUGUCCCAUCAAUCGUGGACAUCGACUUCCUGAAAAAAUGUUACAAAAGCACAUAGAUAUUUGUCGGUGGACAGAAGAAGGUUAUGAUCAAUAUGAUGUUGAGCUUUCAGAACCAACUUUAUCACCAGAUAAUCCUUAUACUAUUAAAAUUGAUGCAGAUCUUCAGGCUAAAAUAUUACUCAUGGCGAAGCAAAAAAAUUCUAAAAUGUUGUUAGAAAAUUAUGAAUAUAAUCUCUGUCUCGGACACGCCGUUGUUUAUUUUGCAUUGAUAAAAAUAGGGGUAGGAGACCAAAUGAUUCCCCGCACAUCGAACAGAAUUUUCUCAUCUUUCACCAGUGAUGAACGUACAGCUAUUUACGAUUAUGUUAUUGCCAACACUCAAAAACUUAACAUUGGCCAGGAUAUUGCAGACUUGAACAAAACGAAGGAAAAGAAAGAAGAAAAAUUUAUUUCAUACUUGGAUCUUUUAGUUCAAGAGCGCAAUUUAAAAAGGCGCAGAGCAAAGCAUCGUGGUGUUCAUACGAAUAAAAAAUCUCAUGUAGAAGUCUUACGAGAAGUGAUAGAGCAGCAGAUGGAAAUAUUUAAAGAAUACCUCUCUGAACAAGAUGUUCAAGAUGGAAAGGAAGAAACAGUGCAAAAAAUUAUUGCCCCUCCAGAACAUUCUAUAAUGACCGAUGCAAAUUAUGAAACCACAAAUUACUCUCCUGACCGUUACGAGACUUACUUUCAAAGGGAAAAAAAGGACGAUCGACAUUAUAAAGAAGAUAACAGAAGAGAAUAUCCUAAACAUCAAAAUGAAUCACAUCAUCAUUCAUAUAAGCGAGAUAAAUGUAGAUCGAAUGAGGAACGAUAUAAAUCAAGAGAAAGAGAGAAAUAUAAAGAUAGGUAUCAAGAUGGGUCAAAAGAUGACAGAUCUCGGAAAAGAAAGAAAAACAAAUCCAAAGAUAGACACAGAAGUAGAUCUAAUGUACGUAGAGAACUAAAACACCAUGAACAUAAAAGUAGAAAACGAAGUAGGAGUAGAUAUUAGUUAACUUUUGUAUUAAAAAGCACUUGAAUGUCCAAAGUAGUUUUGUUUUCUACAGUACGAAACAAAAUUUUCAGUACAGAACAUAAUUAUUAAUUGACGUGUUAUUAGUCAAGAUUUGAAAAAAAUUGAUUUUUCAGUUUUCGUAUUUUUCUCCAAUUGGUCUACUUUUACUCCCAUCUGGGUCUUCUCGGUUCGUGCGUCUGAUAUACUCAAAUUAUAAAACUUUUUGAAACUUGUGAAAACUGUUAUUUCAGUGCACUUUUCAUUUUAUGAUAAUUAUACUGACAGAUUUCGAUUUACUAGGCAAAAAAGGUAUAGUUACCUUGUUCUACACCAAUUUAGCAUUUUCAUAAAAAAAUGCCAUUUAAAAUUUUUUUUUAAAUAACAAAUUUUAGAAUAUUCUCAUGAUUUGUUUACAUUUUCAUGUUUCUUUACAUCUCUCAACUUGAACUUGUCUUUAAAAAAAAUUAUAAAUCUAUGCAAAUGAAAGAACAAAAUGUCAAAUGAAACCAAAUUCUACAUUAAGAUAACAUUUUUACAAAUGAAAAAUAAAAUUUGAAAUUGUUAAAUUAUAUAGUUAUAAAUAUAAAUUUUUAUUAAUUAAAUUGAAAGUGAAUUUGGCUUCUAGAAUAAAAUUCGGCAUCAGAAUUCUUUCAAAGUAAUUGACAAGUUCCGUAAAAAUUGUAUCGCUUCUAAAAGUAAAACAAUUGGAAAGUAGCCACCAGCGUUUAAAGGGUAAGUUUCUUAAAUGUUUGAUUUAUUUUUCUUCUAUAGUCUUUUCCUAUCUGAUUAUGAUAGGAUUAAUGAUUAUUUCUCUCACUCAACUCAGCUUAUAUUGAUUUAAAUCAAGUUUCAUUUAAAUUUAAUUAAAUGUAUUUUUCAGUGGAUAUACUUCCCAUGUUCCCUUAGAUGAAAACUUUCUUUCUUGUAAAUGAUUCGGAGCGUAUAUUAAAAUUAGCUUUAUAUUAGUCCCCUCCGGACUAAAUAAUGCAAGGAGAGUUGAGAAAAAUAAUUUGAAUAAUUUUCAAAAGUAAAUUCAAAAUAUCUCUGAAAACGUUAUUUUUUAAAAUUUUAAAAAUUUUGCAAACCAAUUUUCGUUAAAGAAGCGAAUGUGGUAUAGUAAAACACAUUUGAAUGCUCUCAAACACUGUCAUUUAUUAUAGACGAUAUCCUCCGAAGAGGAAAAUUAGGUCUGUUGUUUUAAUUUAAAAAUUAUUACUCGUGACACCUUUGUCUCUUCCUCUGCCUUUCGUGUUCAACAGUUGUAGUUCGCAUUCGAAUGCUUUGUGAAUGGUGAAUUUUUGGCACUCAUAGCAUUUGCGAAGACUUUGACCUUUUAAGGGGACAUUCAUUCAUUCUUUAUAUGACCGUUGUUGUCGCAUUCGUUACAACGCUGUUUAAAUUAAUUACAUAAUAAAAUUUGACCAAAUUUAAUUUAAUUUUAAUCUAAAAAUUAUUUGCUUAAAACAUCAUCAAAAACUGGCCUCGACAUUUAAUAAAUAAUGAAAAUUGAAAUAAAUAAAUCUUCAUCGUCAGGCGCCAAUUAAUUCUUAAGAUAAUUAAUAAACUAUAAAAUAACUCUCCUCCUCUACUUCCUUUCAUGCUCCUCUAAGAGCUGAUUGAUUGCACGAUUCAAAAUGAAAGCAGGCAGACUCGCCAAAAAUUUAGUUAGGGCUAUGAUUUUAGCAGUUAGGUCUUCAUCAUCUCCUUUCUCCAUCGCUUUUGCCUCAGAACGAGGAGAUUGGAUCCCUUUUUAGGUAAUGGGAUGAGUUGUUGUCUUUGAAACUUUUCGAUAUCCUCGAGGUCUGUAUCACUAAUCAAUCCCCGUAUUGGUUCUUUUUCAUCCCUUUUUCCUUCCUGGCUCGGCCUCUUAUCUAAAAUUUACACAGAUUUCUUUGGGGGACAGUGGGGCAGUGGUUAUUUCAUCCUUAUGGGGAAAUAUUAAUAAUGAGGUUCAUUUCUACGCUGUCUCAUCGUCCUGGAACUCCGGGAUCGGACGGUGUCUAGGCUGUCUCUAGGCACCUAAUUUUAAUAACUUCUCCGUUACUGUCCUUUUCAAUUAACUUAUCGUUGUUAGCAAGUUGACAAUUAAUUUGUCGUUUUCCAUUUGAGAAGUCAUGAGUAACCGUGUAUUCUCAUAACGAAAAAAGAGUAAUUUUCAUGCUGAAUUGAAUGAUAAAGGCAGGUUUGCGAUUAGUUGAGCCGCUUUUCCAGUAAGCGAUGAGCUUGGACAAUGCAUCUUUUCGACGCUUUACAUAUUUGAUUUUAAUCACUAAUGAUGAGAGUAAAUCCUUAAAUGAAAUCCACGAUGAGUAUUCGUCUGAGAAUUGAGGCAGUGAGAUUUCUGGAAGCUGUAUUCGUUUGGAAUGAGUUGAUUCCGUUUAAUGAAAUCAUUGAUUAACAGUCAUUCUUAAUAUAAGGAUGAUUUAAGAAUUCAUAAUCACAGUUUUUACCGAGCUCAUUGUGACUGCACGGAACAUGUAUCUUUCCAUGUGAGAAGUAGUAUGUUUUACUUCUACGUCAGAAGUGAGAGAAUCUGUUUUUUCAAGUUGAGUGUCCCCUUAUCCCGCGUUUGUAUUUUUAUGGGAAUGAGUGCUCAUUGUGAGCGUUGAAUGAGAAGUUAUCAAAUGGAAAAGAAACAUUUCUUUGUUUUCAUUUAAGCUUUUUAUUAAUGCUUUUCAAAAAUUUUCACUAUGUAUGUAUAGUGUAAAUCAACUCAAACUUUUAGGAAUCCACAUUAAAUGUAAUAAAGUUUACAAAAUCACUUUUUGACAGUAAUAAUUAUCUUGGUUGGCUCCCAUUAUGUAUUAGCUGUCCCUUCAUAUAUUUAUUGUGAAGUCAACCAUAUGUUCUUUAGUGAGGCAUUCGUAAUUUUGCUGAUAGAAACAAGUGCUCUAUUUAACAAUGGUAUUUGCGUAAUUAAAAGCACUUUAAUUGGAAUGCCCAUAUCUUCCAAUUUGUUCCUCUAUAAAUGUUUUGUCUUCUUUGCCUCUGGUUUCUUUCUGGGAUCAAUUGACGAACCUUCACCACUUGCUGAGGUAAUAAAGCUAGUGAAAUUUUGACAACAAGAAGGUUUGAUAUUGAUUUCAGGCUGUGAUGCUAAUGCGCAUCAUGUUGUUGUGGGCAGCACUAACAUCAAUAAAACAGGCAGAAAACAAUAAUCUGCUUUAGACAUUGCAAUCUUUGUUGGAUGUAUUCCUGUUUGACUAUGGGUAGAAAUUUUUAAGGCUUUGAAGUAAAAUUUCUGUAAACUGACCUCAUUUUGUUUCAGCUGGUUAUUACAUAUAUACAUAAAUGGAUGAUCAAAAAAUUCAUAAUCGCAGCUAUCACCGAUUUGGUUGUGAGUAAUUGAGAAUUCCAUCCAUAAAUCAUUAAAAACUGUAAUGGUUGAGUUGGCUUCGAUGAGUGAAUAAUUUUCUAAAAAUGACCGUGAUUGUUCAUAUACUGUUUCCUGUCAAUUAAGACGACCGAAUUUAAUACGGAAUAUUAGUCCUAAAAUUUAAUCAGGGUAUACAUAUAAAUAAAUAUACUAUACCUAAGUAUCCUUUCUAAUUUUUUUUAUUAAAAAAGAAUGAACAUCGUUAUAUUUAUAUACAAGUUAUUGUAAAUAAAUAAUGAACUUAGUAAUCUCAUUCGUAUAGAUAAAUCUGAUCUCAGAAUAGGAGAAUGAGUCUUCAGGAUGGAUUCUUAAAAUCACUCUAUUUGUCAAAUUCAAUGAUUCCAUUUACAAGAACCAAAAGUUCGUUAUAAAUGGAAACUAAUAUUUUAAAAAAAGAAUUGUACGACAAGAAAAUGUAAUGUAAAUAUAAAUUUUAUAUAAAAACAAAAGCAAAAAAAUCUGUGCAAAAAUUAUUUUAGUAAAUAAAUAAAAAUCAAUGAAAUAAUAGCAUUUCAGAUAACAAAAUGAAAAUAUAUUUGGAUGUUGAUUUCUACAUUCUUUGUAUACAAUAUAACUUUCCCAAACCUUAUUAUAAAAUAAAAAACGUAGGGGUAGGGAGUCAAAAGUGCCAAAAUAAAAUUGCCAACGCCAAACUUCAAAAAAUAUAUGAUAUUCAACUUUAAGAAUGCAACUUCACGUUGUGUGCAGUUUCAUUCGUUUCUUUUUUUUUAAUAAAUUGUCAGUGCUGCAUGAAAUGUCAGUUUCUUAAAUUAUCGGUAUACUACAUGUUACGGACGGAUUUCCGUAAUUUUUUUUUGUUAAAUAUUAUUUAUUAAAAAUAAUAUUUAUUUAAUUUAAUUAAUGUUACAACUAUUUGUCAAUUAUAUAACAACUGCAUAUACAACACAAACACACACACAUAUUUAAGUUUCUGAUACUAGAAUAUUCAAACAAUAUUUCUAAUUACUUUAACAACUAUUUAUAAUUUCAUUUUUUUUAUUUAUUUAAUUUCUAUAUCAAAGCUUAUUUCGCAAAUGAUGUCAGAUUAUUGAACUCAAUAUUGCGAAAUAAUUUGAACUAAAUUGUCAAUCGAUUUCGCUAAUUGUGGGACUUACAUGUAUAAAAGUUGCCACAUUAAUUUGUAAAAUUGGGAAACAUAAGAAAUCAUAAGGGUAAUUCAGGUGGUUGAACUGAUCACGCCACUAAUAAAAUGCAAGUUUGCUAAAACUUGCAUGGAAACAACGAGGUGUUGAUUGCAAAAUCAACCCUCCCACCACUUAAAAUUAUAUACCAACAGGGUGUGAUCGUUACCACCGAAUUAUUCUUCGUGGAGUCUUAUUUUGUUUUUCCCGCAGAGCGGAGGUAUUUUUCCCGCAAAAAGGCGGACGAUCAUAAAAGUUUUACUCCCACUGAGAGUGGUUGAGGUUCUGUUUGUUCCCCGUAGUAAGGGUUGAAAGUGUUGAAUUUAUCAAUAAAAUACAAGUGGAUAUUCUACGGUUAGUGAAAUCUAUUGAAUUAUAAAAAAAUCGUUUUAAAAAGAGAAAAGAAAAAUAUAAAUAUUCAAUUAUUUAAGAGCCAUAAAUGUUAAAAGUGCAAAUUACAUUUAAAUUCAGAGAGUGAUUUUUUUUACAACAAUUGUUUAUAUCUCAAAAUUAACUGUUUGGAAAAUUCAGGUUUGGUGAACCCAAACUUCUGAAUUUUUAAUAAGCAGAUUUUUGAAAUAAUAAAAUAAUUGUUUCAAGUCAAUAAAUAUUACAAGUUUAAUAAAAGGAAAUUUAUAGAGAACAGAGGAAGAAAAAAUAUACUUCCGCAUGUUUGAGAAUCAUAUAUAUAUAAUACGAAGGUCAAAUUCUCAAGCGUUGGAAAGUAAUUAGAUACUUUUCGGUAUCAUUUAUUUUAUUAUUAUUUAGGUGAGUUUCUCUGGAUUUAUAUGCACUAACUAAAAAUUACAGAAUUUCAUAAAACAUACACUAUCACACUUACUUCAAAUACACGAAUUAUUUUCUUGUUGUUAAAAUCAUUUCUUUUAUUAUUGAACUCUUUAUUGUACUUGCAAUAAAUGUUAUUUUUGUGAGACUUGAUUUUGUUAAUCAAGUAGCUUAAAGUAAAUAUUAUUUAAAUUGUAAACCUUUUCUAUUAAAAAUCAAUUGGGAAACUAAAUGUAAACAAUUUGGGGGUUGAGUGAAUAAAUGUAAUCUGGUUCUAUGUUAA